CCCCAGCAAGAUGGGGGUACCAGGGGUGCGGCAGUAGAGGAGGGCUCUUUGGGGUAUGGGGAGAGAGAGGCGAGCGGUGGGGCUACCUCUAUGCAAGUGAAUGAGAGUGAGGGAGGCUCGGCUGGGUCUUACUCUUUGGGGAACGAUUAUCAGAAAAGCACAGGAGGUGG